AUGCGAAUGCCUUCAGAAUCUGCUGCGCCACUAUUCCAAGAAAUGGAGGCAAUUGUCGAGGUGCUGGACAUCUCGGAUUUUUUGGAUCCACAUCAAAUUGGCGGUUUCAUUGGGAAGAAAGGCUGCAAUUUAAAAAGAAUCGAGUACAAUAACAAGGUCAUCCUGCAGUUGGAGCAGGAAAUCGAGAACGACAGCGUAAAAGUACGCCUCACUGGCAUGCCGAACGCUGUCGAAGCUGCAAAAAUUGAAAUUUAUGAGUUACUGCUUAUCAUCCUACGGGGAUCGUUCUGCCACACAACAAAGAUUCCUAAACGAUAUGUGGGACCGCUCAUAGGUAAACGAGGGACCAGAAUCGAAAAUAUCAGGCUCACAACUGGUGCACGUAUAAAUGUUGGGGAAACAGGAAAAGACGGCUUCACCACUCUGCAAAUUAUUGGCACCUUCCGUCAGAUCGUUGCCGCAACCAACAUGAUAAAAGAGCGAGUGGACAGCGUAAGAAACCCUAAUUCCGUUUAUGAACGACCAGAUCGGCGAGAGUUUCACGAAGUAUUGAAUGAAGUGAUCGACGAUUACUGA